GUGGGCACAGGUGGGUGGCACUGAUGGGCACAGGUGGGUGGCACUGGUGGGCACAGGUGGGUGGGCACAGGUGGGUGGCACUGCUAGGCACAGGUAGGUGGCACUUCUGGGCACAGGUGGGUGCACUGCUGGGCACAGGUGGGUGCACUGCUGGGCACAGGUGGGCGGAACUUGUGGGUGGCACUGCUGGGCACCGAUCAUCAGGGCACUGAUCAUCAGUGCCCUGAUGAUCGGUGCCGAUCCUCGCUCUGACAACUGCCGGUUCUCGGCAGUACUUUCCUCACGAUCUGACAGCGUGAGGAAAGUGCAGCCGAGAACCGGCACUUGCAU